AUGCGUGCUGCGAAGCUUCUCAGAAAGUCCCACCUGCAAUUGUGCCCGCGAAUAUCACCAGUUCAAGUCGAAAGCGGGAUGCUAUGGAGAUUUGAGAAGUCGCCAUGCAUCUCGCGAAGUCUCCGAUGCCUGCAGAGGCACAGUCUUGAGCCGAAAGCAAUCAGACACUCCUUCCACCAUACACGUCCUGUCCGUGCCGAGAAGAACGACGGAACCUCGUCCGCUCUUCGGGCAGUGCGCCAUGCUACCCUUGUCGAUAGCAGCAGGCUAUAUGACGCCGCAUCGCGCAAUGCCAUAGUCAAGGUCGUAGGGCUGGUACGCAGUGUGCGGAAGCAGAAAAAUGUCGCCUUUGCACGGGUCGCAGAUGGGUCUACUCUGGGUAGCGUGCAGGCUGUCUUUCCCCAUCCCAACAUAGCAAAAGACAUCACCAAUGGAGCGUAUGUUUCGUUGAUCGGAAAAUGGGUGGCUUCACAAGGAGCCGGCCAGAGCCACGAACUGCUGGUUCAUGAAAUUGAGACCAUAGGAGAAAGCAACCCUUUGGAAAACCCUAUUCAGAAGCAGUCCAUGACUGCUGAAUUUCUGCGCACCGUUCCUCAUCUUCGCAUGCGCACCGCCUUCCAAUCCCUCCUUGUCCGGGUUCGCAGUCAGUUGACCGCAGCGGUGUCUGCGCAUUUCAACAACCGUUCCGAACCUGUCUACCAAGUCCAUCCUCCCCUGAUCACGUCAUCCGAUUGUGAAGGCGCAGGCGAAGUCUUUACCAUAACUCCACGAAGCAAAGAGUUGCCCAGGUUCAUCCCACCCAGCAAGUCCAAGGAGCAGGAGAAACUGUAUUUUCGGGAACCCAAAUACCUGACUGUCUCAUCGCAAUUACAUCUGGAAGCUUACUCGGCGCAGUUGGGAGAUGUUUUCGCCCUAUCACCCACUUUCCGUGCCGAAGAGAGUGAUACACCCCGUCAUCUGGCGGAGUUUUAUAUGCUUGAGGCAGAACACCGACAUAUCGCCUUCGACGAUCUAUUGGCGAGUGUAAGGUCGUUGAUCGUGGAUUUGACACAAUCACUUCAAGCGCACAAAACGGGCAAAGAACUUCUCCAGUAUUAUGAGGACCAUAAACAUCGUCCUGACGAUGUCGAUUUUGUAGAUCUCGAGGAACGGUGGAGCCGGCUCACAGGACCGUGGCAUACGGUGACUUACACUGCGGCCAUCGACGCGUUAGAGAAAGCACACGAAGCAAGUAGCAGAACGCUGUUCGUCAACAGACCGCAGUGGGAGUGGGGCUUGCAACUUGAGCAUGAACGAUGGAUUGUCGAAAACAUUGCAGAAGGCAAGCCGGUCUUCGUGACGCACUAUCCAAAGGCGAUCAAACCCUUUUAUAUGCUGCCUUCGGCAGUUAUAUCUUCCUCUGGGCAGCAUUCAGCCCCUGCCGACAAUUACACAGAACAUCAAGAAACGGUUGCGUGUUUUGACCUGCUGCUUCCCUAUGGAUAUUGUGAAGUUGUCGGAGGAAGUCUGAGAGAGCAUCGCCUUAAGGAGCUCAUUCACAAUAUGCGCUCGAAAGGUCUCAUCAAGAACGCUGAGGAGGCCAUCAAUCGCACCGACUAUCCAUUUCUUGAGCCUGGAGAGAGUCUCGGUGCCCUGAAAUGGUAUGCAGAUCUCAGACGUUUCGGUAGCAAUCCUCACGGUGGCUAUGGCUUGGGAUUCGACAGGCUGUUAGCCUAUUUGACCGGAGUAGCCAAUGUGCGCGAUGUUGUUGGAUUUCCCAGGACAUGGGGUCGCGCAGAUUGCUAG